AUGUCAUUUUCAAACGAGGACACGAAUAUUCAAUCACAAACGCUUCUAGGGAAUACAGGAGCAACAAAACAUUACAAAAUCGCAACCAUCGUACUAGCCAGUGUACUAACAUCAGUAGCUGCUGCUUCAUUUCUUGUUGGUUCGUGUUGUUGUUACUUUUCUUCUCGGCGCAGAACAAGAGCACAAAAAGCUGAAGCGGAUACUACUGAAACAGAGGAUGGUGAUGGAGAAGAGAUGUGUGACCUAAGUCUACAUACAAUAAUAAGAGCAACCAAUGGUUUCUCUGAGGAUUACAAGAUAGGAGAAGGUGGAUUUGGUCCAGUUUAUAAGGCAAAGCUACCAAAUGGAGUGGACGUGGCGAUCAAAAGGCUUUCGAAAAGGUCAAACCAAGGUCUGAAGGAGUUCAAGAACGAAGUGCAAUUAAUCAACAAGCUUCAACACAGGAACCUAGUGAGACUUUUAGGACACUGCAUGGAAGAAGACGAGAAACUCCUUAUAUACGAGUACAUGCCUAAUAAGAGCCUUGAUGCUUUCCUCUUUGAUUCUAUUAAGCGUAGGGAAUUGGAUUGGGAGAAACGUAUGAAUAUAAUUGAUGGGACAACAAAAGGACUUCAGUAUCUGCAUGAAGACUCACAUCUUAAGAUAAUUCAUCGAGAUCUUAAGUCAAGCAACAUUCUUCUUGAUGAUGAGAUGAAUCCUAAAAUCUCCGAUUUUGGAACUGCUAGGAUUUUCGAUUGCAAACAGAUCAAUGACAGUACCCAAAGAAUCAUUGGAACGUAUGGCUAUAUGUCACCGGAAUAUGGGUUGGGCGGAAUAAUUUCAGAAAAAUCUGAUAUAUAUAGCUUUGGAGUUCUGUUAUUGGAGAUUAUAUCAGGCAGAAAGGCGAACAAGUUUGUUCAUAACGAUCACAACAGUCUCAUUAAUUAUGCAUGGCAAUCUUGGUGUGACACAAAAGGUGUUAGCACUGUAGAUGAAGCAUUAGGUGAUUCAUAUUCUUCAAAAGAAGCAAUGCGAUGCAUUCACAUUGCACUUCUUUGUGUUCAAGACCAUCCUAAUGACAGAGCGUAA